AUGGACCGGUUGGACCAACUAGCAUGUUGGCCGAAUGGACCGGUUGAACCAACUGGCCUGUUGGUCCUAUGGACCGGUUGGACCAACUGGCCUGUUGGUCCUAUGGACCGGUUGGACCAUCAGGCCUGUUUGUCCUAUGGACCGGUUGGACCAACUGGCCUGUUGGUCCUAUGGACCGGUUGGACCAACUGGCCUGUUGGUCUUGUGGACCGGUUGGACCAACUGACCUGUUGGUCCAAUAGACCGGUUGGACCAACUGACCUGUUGAUCCUAUGGACCCGUUGGACCAACUGGCCUGUUGGCCGAAUGGACCGGUUGAACCAACUUGCCUGUUGGUCCUUUGGACCGGUUGGACCAACUGGCCUGUUGGUCCUGUGGACCGGUUGGACCAUCUGGCCUGUUGGUCCUAUGGACCGGUUGGACCAACUGGCCUGUUGGUCCUAUGGACCGGUUGGACCAACUGGCCUGUUGGCUGAGUGGACCGGUUGGACCAACUGGCCUGUUGGUCCUAUGGACCGGUUGGACCAACUGGCUUAUUGGUCCUAUGAACCGGAUCCGCGGGCCGAACUGACGCGGGAGGAGCGUGACCACGAGGAGGCUGAGCGGGAGCUUGGCGACGGGCCGGCGUACGACGACGGGCAGUGGCACCGCGACGAGCAGGCGCACGGCGAGGAGCCGGAGCGCAGUGACGAGCCGGAAUACGGCGACGAGCAGGAUAGCGACGGCGAGCAUGAGCAUGGCGGGGAGCAAGAGCGCGAUGAAGGGCAGGAGGCCGGCGGCGAGCGGGCGCACGUCGGGGAACAGGAGCACCACGACCCGCGGUGGGACAGCGGCGAGCAGGCACGCGCGGGACCCCACGACAGCCUGCCCGCGAUGCACCGCAGCCGGAAGGCCAGGCUCGAGAGGGAGGGACACGCACGAUCCCGACGCGGGGAAUGCGCGGAUGAAGCGAGGCAGAGGACAGACACGCAACGGGAGUCCAGCGUCGGCGGGCGGAGGCGAGCGACGGCGGCUCGCGCUCGUCAAGGGAACCGCCGCCGAGGGCCGAACGGUAUGGGGGCGCGGAAGGAAGACGGGGUGGAGCGGAGGAGAGCACGGUUUGCUCUGGGGCGCCACCGCGGGCGCCGGGAGGAGGCCAUGGGGGGGAGCAUCACUCGCCAGAAACGCGGCGGCGUAGGGAGGGGCGGCGGAUGGAGGGGUCACGUUCACCGCACAGGCGGCAACAGUGGGGGGGGGGGGACCAGAGGAGAAUCGCGGUCGCCCGACCGGCGCCGUUGGCGGGAGGAAGGGCGGGAGGAAGCAGAACGCGCGCUGCCAGGCACACGGCUGCAGGAGAGAAGGGAGUGGUCGCCACCCCCAGCGAGACAUCAGCCGCGUGAAGCCGGCCCGAGGGUGUGGGAGCAGAGUCAUUACUCGCCGGAACGACGAUGGGAGCAGACGGGAAGGGGAGGUAGUCAGUGGGGACAGUCGGGAGAGGUGCGCGGAGGGAAGCAGGAGAGCAGGGCCAGGAGUGGCAGCUUGGCCCAGGGGGCUGAGCGAGCCCGUAUGGCAGAGAGGGACUGGAACGAGCAGGGCAAGGAGGGGGGUAUGGGAGACCGCGGGGAGGGGCAAGUGAGUCUUGGGGAGAGGGAAGAGGAGGUGGGGCCACGGCGACAAGGGUAG